AUGUCACAAUUUCCAUUACAUUUAUUACCAGAUGAAUUAGUUAAAGAAGUGUUUUCGCAUUUACCUCAAGCUGACAGACUGAAUCUAUGUCUUCUAAACAAGUAUUAUCAUAAAAUUGCAACACAGUUAUUGUAUAAUAGAAUAUAUUUGAAUGAUUCCAACGUUGUUAAGAGUGAUUAUAUAAAUUUGGCAAUUAAUUGGUCACUGAUUAACAUACCAUCAUCUUUAUCUGAAAAGGACUCUAGAGAGAUUGCAAAUAAAAGAUUAGAACAACUAAUCGAGACUCUGGAGAAUGUUAGUCUAUGUCGUAAUUCCAUUACUUGGAUUAGAAUAAAUUGGGAUUUAGAUUCACAGUUACAGAAGCGUAUACUGAAUAUUUUAUGCGAUAAAGGUGAAUCAGUUACAAGGUUAGAAAAUAUCACUGAUCCAAAUUGUAAUGAUAUAAUUAUGCAUGGAAAAAUAGCUAAAAGACAGGUAAUCAGUUUUGAUUUAGCACCUCCAAAUGCUUUACCAGAAGUACCCGUCAGUCCUGACUAUAUACCGAACGCUAAAUUAUUUUUGAAGAACAGAAUAUCAUCAAGGUUAUCUCAUAUGACACUUUUCAUCGAUCCUGUAAAGCUAUUUAACUAUCUUUAUCCAUUGAAGAAUAAAUUACAAAUUGUAGAUUUGAAGUUACACUGGAGAUCAGAGUUUUAUCAGAAUGAAUAUUUCACUAAACCAUUGUCUAAAUAUGAAUUUACGAAGUUAUCUGAGAUUUUUGAUGUAAGGACCUUAAAAGUGCUUACCGUUAUAUCUUGGAAUCAAACAUUGUUAGACAGAGAAAUUGAAAUGGUAAAUGAUUUCAAAGAAUUUACAAAUAUAGAGGAUUUGUCACUAAUUUCCAUAAAACAAAAAACAAGAUUGAUUGUUUCCUUAUUUAAGAGGUUAAAAAAUUUGAAAAGACUAAAAAUGGAUUUCUUAGAGGAUUUUGUGCCUGAAUCAACAAACCCAGAAAUUUUCAUAGCGAUAACGACAUACUGUAGAUAUCUUCAAUUCAUGGACCUAAGAUUCCAAGGAUUAGACCCUUCCAUAAUAUCAUUGGGGAAAGUAUCUAGUGGAAUUGAUGAUACAUUUGAUAUAAAUUCAGAAAAUAGAUUUAUUCUCACACAAACAUGUAAUUGCGACAAAUGUGAUUAUGUAUUCAAGGAAAUUCUUAAGAAGAAAAUAUUUUUAUUUGAGGAAGACUAUAUCUUUGAGGAUAUUAGUGAUAUAGCCAGUAAAGAUAUUUAUAAAAUGAUGAGAUGUCUUUCAUUAUUACCCUAUUCAAAGGCUUGUGAUUACUAUCCAAGUGUUAGAACGCAACCGAUGAAUUUAAAAGAAUUUGUAAAACGAAUUAACACAAAUUUAUGGGCAUAUAGGCAAAGCAGAGAUCAAUUAAUACUUAAGAAAGAGAAAAAAGUUGUACUUGAUGACCAAAAUGAAAGUGGGAAUUCGGAAGAAGAAAUUGAAGAAAUCACAUAUGAAUUACCGCACGAUCCAUUGUCAGAAAAGGAUGUUAUCGAUUGUUACCAUGCUUUGAUACACCAAUACAAGUCCACAUAUAUUACAUUUUUAUCGAGAUUUAAAAAUUAA